UGUACACAUACAUUGUUUCAAAAAUGAUUUAAAAUGUCAAUAAAAGUUUAUUGCUGCAAUUCAAAACAAAAUAUGGUUGAUGCAAUUCCAUAAUAUCCAAGGUUUUGCAAGUGAUGAAAUUUAUUUAACUUUUAAUAAAAAUGUUUAUUUCAUAUUGGAAAUGUUUGAUUGUAUUUUCUCUAUUUUGUAAAUAUGGAAAUCUGGCGCCAGUGGAAACCGAGAACAAAGAACAACCAGCUGAAAAAGUAGAUGACAAUCCUGCUGAUAAAGAAGAUGACAGUAACACAACUCCAGCUGCUGAAACACCAGAGAAAGAAGCCGCAGAUGUCGAAAAUGUCACAGAACCAUCAAGUUCCAAUAACGCUACGCAAACUGCUGUUCUAACACUUGAGCCUGACGCAACUACGCCUGUGGUAUGCUUUUAUUUAACGUAUCUAAUUAAAAUAUAUAAAGUAAUAAAACAUAAAUUAAUACAAUUAAUUUAUUAUUUUAAUUACAGAAUGUCGUAAGUGAUGCCUUCAAGUAAAAAAUCAUAAUUUAUUUUUCCACUUUUACUGUAAUAUAUUCUGUUUUUCAGUUCACCGUAAGUGUUUAAAACAUAUAUAUUAUACUUAAGUAUUCUUUUGUGAUUAAAACAUUUUUUUAUUUUAUAGGAUCGCUACGUAAGUAUAUAUCAUCUAUGUAUUGAAUUUUAUAAAACAAAAUGAAUGAAAUAUACCAAUGAAGUAGUAAAAAAUGACAUACUCAUUAUUUGUGUUCUUAAGACAAUCUAGCUUUGAGCAUUUGUUCGUGUUUACAUUAUUAAUUCUACAAGGCUAAAAUCAAUAAAUUGCUAUUUAGUAAGUUUAAAUUGCUUUAAUUUCGAUAUUAAACUCUGUGAUAUUUUUUUUUCAUGAUUGCACGGCCUGCUAAAACAUAUAAUAAACUUCAAAGGGCGCGCCAGUAAGUUGAAUUUACUAAUUUUCUCUUAAUCUACUAUGGUAUGCCGAAUAUUGACCAAAAGCUCUAGUACUACACAACGGGCAUAUCUAGUUAAUCGAGUUAAAAAUUAAGCUAUACCUACAGUCUGCGAAUAUAAACAAUACUGUCACUGAAACGCGCCUCAAUUCACGACCCUGAAACGCGCAAACAAAGUAUUUCCCGUUGCUAUAUAUAUAUAUAUAUAUAU